UAUGUAACUUGCUGGCAUUCUUUUAGGGCAUACGUUUCAAACGACCAUGAAUUUAAUUUUCUUUGCAGCUACUUUAACUGUUUUAUCAUACACCACCGUCUGUUGUUGGGAGCUAAGUUGGAACACUUAUAAAGGAAUGGAAUAUGCUUUGGUAACAACUAAAUCGACAUGGAUCGAAGCUCAGAGAUACUGUUCCCAACAUGUAGGGGUAUUAGCUCAGCCAGAAAGUGCAGAUAUCAACAACUAUCUGAAGUCACUAACUGACAAGAAAACUUGGCUGUGGAUUGGGGCAAGCAAUUUACCCGAUAAGAAGACCUGGGAAUGGCAUAACCCACUUAAAGCGAUUACGUAUUCAGACUGGCAAAGCAGUCAACCUGAUGCUAACUCUACUCAAAAUUGUUUGCUAUACUGGUUUUCCAAUGAAGGUUACAAAUGGGGAGACUACUAUUGUAAUAAGAAAUUUGGAUUUCUAUGUCAAAGGACAAAAGUAUCAGCAAAUGACAGCGACUGUAAGGACAGGAAACCAGCAAAUGACAGCUUCUGUAAGGACAAGAAACCAGCAAAUCAAAAAUGCAUGACAAUCUGUCUUUAAAUUAAAACUACUCAUAAUCCAAA